AAGAACGCUUAGUGCACCUUAACGUGACUGGAGACUUGGAGUAUCAGUGUUACAGCGCAAAGUGAAAUACAGAACCAUGCCUUCCAGCACAAACGAGAAGAGCAGCAUGGAGGUGAAGGCUGCAGCUGCUGAACGGAGAAGGACCAACAAACCCAUUAUGGAGAAAAAGAGGCGUCAAAGGAUUAAUGACUGCCUUAACCAGCUGAAAAAUCUCGUCCUCGAGGGCCUUAAGAAAGACCCAUCAAGAUACAACAAACUCGAGAAAGCAGACAUCCUGGAGAUGACCGUCCGUCACGUGCAGACGCUCCACCGCCAGGAGUCGUCCCUGCAGCGCUACUCCCCCGUCGACUCCGCCACCAAAUUCCGCGCAGGAUUCGCGCACUGUGCCGCUGAGGUCGGGAAGUUCCUGGAGAGAGACACCACGCUGACGACCUCCCAGCGCUCGAGAAUCCUGCUCCACCUGGCCGACUCCAUGGCCACCAUCCGAGGCAACGGCGCCCACAUACCUGAGGGGUCCUCCCCGCCCUCCAGCCCGCCCUCGUCCGAGCCCACUCACGCCCCAGCAGCAUCCCAAGAUCCACUGGUGGUCAGAGGCGUUUCUCUCGUACCUGCUCACCUCCUCACAGGACAGAUGGCCUUCGUCUUGCCCCACGGCGUCACGGGGAUGCUGCCCACCUCCGCCUCUUCAGAGAUGCACCAUCAGGUCCCUCCUUCGCCGCCCCACAGUGCUGCCUCGCCCUCCCUCUCCCUCGCCUCGUCCCCCCCGGCCUCCCCCUGCCGCAGCCCCUCCCCGCAGCCCCUCGACCUGGCUCCCAUUCGCCAACCCGACGACGACUCCUGCUGGCGCCCUUGGUAGGUUCCGCAGGAGGCUCCUCUAGGACACACUUACCUUUCGCCGAUUCAGAGGACCGUCUGCGCCUCCUACGAAGCGUCGAAUCUCGCCAUCUAUCACAGAGGGUAGGAGUCGGACCACGGCGCUGCAAACGCGACAGGGUUGGCUUCAGGGCUGGAGAGAGAGAGAGAAAAAAAAUAUUAGCAAAAUGCAAGAAAGUUUCGAUCACAAAGCGUUAAGGAUUGUCUGAUGAAAACUUCCUCCUGGUUGCAACGUGGAAGAAAUACAAGAAUGACCGCCCGGAAGUGCCAUGAAGACUGUGAAACUCAUGGCAACUUAUGGCAACGUUCAGUACAAGUUCCUCCUCACAAACCAUAGUACAAAUCUGACCUGAGGACGACCACCAACAUCCACCACAAAGAAUGUUUAUUGUUAUAAAUAUAUUUUAUAGUGUAAUGCACCAAGGGCAAUUAUACACAAAUGUCUGUGAUAUAUUUAGAUUUAGUUAUCCAGUGAU